GCUGAGGAAGUGGAGUCGUCAGAGCACUUUACUGUGUAUUUUGAGGUGGUCGGACUGUCACCAUGAUUGUUCCGUUGUUAUUUUGUGCCGUUUUGGCCUUUUUCGUCUUCAAAUAUGUCUACGGAAGCUCCGGGCCGAACCCGUUUGAGAAGGACACGCGCGAGCCUCUGAGGAAGAUGGUUCACGACAAGAAGGAAAAAAACAAAGUGUUGAAGCAAGGUUUUGUGGCCAGUAAAGUCCCAGAGAACCUCGACGCGAUCAUCAUCGGCAGCGGCAUCGGUGGGCUCGGACUCGCCGUUCUGCUGGCUAAAGUUGGAAAGAGAGUUUUGGUUCUGGAGCAGCAUGACCGGGCCGGAGGAUGCUGCCACACUUUCACUGAGAAGGGCUUUGAGUUUGACGUUGGAAUCCAUUACGUGGGCGAGCUGUCUGAGAACACGCCAUUCUACUGCACGCUGGAGCAGAUGACUAACGGACAGCUGCAGUGGGAGCCCCUGGAGAACCCGUUUGACGUGGUGCUGCUGGGACCACCAGAAAACCGCCGCAGGUACCCCAUCUACAGCGGCAAGGCUCGCUUCACAGAGGAGCUGAAGAAACGCUUCCCUGGAGAGGAGAAGGCCAUCGACGAAUUCACCCGCCUGUCCCUGAAAACCGGCAAUGGUGUUUGGAUGGCUGCCAUGCUGAAGCUCAUGCCCCUCAUGGUGGCAAAAUUCUUGAUCAGCAGCGGCCUCCUUAAAUUUGUGUCCUUCUUCUACAAAAUGGCGCCCCGCACCCUGAGCGACGUGGUCAACGAGCUGACCGACAACAAGGACCUGCGGGCCGUUUUCACCUACAUCUUUGGCACCUACGGAAACUUACCCAAAGAUGCCAGCUUUUCCAUGCACAGCCUGAUCACCGCUCACUACAUGCGCGGCGCUUGGUACCCUAAAGGUGGAUCCAGUCAGAUUGCCUACAACAUGAUCCCCAUCGUUGAGAAGGCAGGGGGCGCUGUUCUGGUCAGAGCCCCCGUCAACCGCAUCUUAUUCAACAGUGCGAAGGAAGCUUGUGGUGUGAGUGUACUUAAAGGUCAGGAGGAAGUCCACAUCCACGCCCCUAUGGUCAUCUCGAACGCAGGCCUCUACAACACGUAUGAGAAACUGCUGCCUAAGGAGCUCCAGGCCAUGCCAGCGAUCCAGAAGCAGCUCAGUAUGGUGAACCACGGCGGCAGCGGGCUGAGCAUCUUCUUGGGUCUGAACGGAACCAAGGAGGAGCUGGGCCUGAAGGCAGACAACUACUGGAUUUUUUCGGACAACAAUUACAAUGAAAUGCUGGAAAGUUAUUUCAAAGAAGAUAGGGAGGAGUCUAGUAAGAAAAUGCCGGUGCUGUUUGCAUCCUCGCCGUCUGCUAAAGAUUCCACCUGGAAUGAGAGAUCUCCAGGAAAGUCCACGCUAACGUUGGUCAGUUUUGCUCCUUACGAGUGGUUCGAGGAGUGGAAGGACGAGAAGGUGACCAACAGGAGCGCCGAGUAUAAAGCGCUGAAGCAGAAGUUCAUCGACGGCGCUCUGGAGGUGAUUCUGGAGGUCUUCCCCAAGAUCACCAGAGAUAAGAUCGAGUACGUCGACGCCGGAACGCCUCUCACAAACAUGCACUAUAUCGCAGCCCCCAAAGGUGAGGUGUACGGCAUAGAUCACGGCAUGGCUCGCUUUAACCCCGAGUUCACCACUCUGAUGAGACCUCAGACUCCACUGAAGAACCUCUACCUGACAGGCCAGGAUUUGUUUACGUGUGGAUUCGGAGGCGCCCUCGCCGGAGCCCUCUCCUGCGGCUCGGUCAUUCUCAACCGAAACCUCCACCUGGACGCCAUCGGUCUGGCGAAGAGAAUGAAAUAUCUAAACAAGAAGCUGAAGGGAGAAUAAAGGCUGAUUUCCACUGGUGCCUCUGCGUUAACACAAAAAAUGUAAACAUUAAUUUAAUCAAUUAUAAAAUUUAAUGUAUAUUUAAGGUGACUUUGCAUGUUUACCGACAUCUAUUGGAUGAUAAAAGUUUAAUUUGGAGGAACAAAAACACAAUUUAUGUCUUUAAACAUGGACGCAGUGAGGAAGGAGAGGGCGUAGGGCCGGUCAGCCGAAGGACUGGAGGAACUAUCUGACACAGGAGUGGCAGGACAAACCACUCCUCUGGAGGCAAGGGGGGAGUGGGUACUGACCGUAGACGUAAUGAAGACGCUGUAAAGUAAUUGGCAGUUAUGAGACAGACGGACCAGUGUAAAUCCAGCGUAAAGCUGAUGCACGUCAUGUGAUUAUUACUGUAGUGCAACACAAGGUUAACACUGUAGUCCAAACUUGUAGUUCAAACAUUUCAAACCUGCACAUUUACUCUUUUGAGUGUAAUAUUUGCACAGUUUAAAGACCCACUCUGAUCAACUUUUAAUCUAGUGUUCCCAGUGGUCUUUUAAUAAUGAUUUUAUCUAAAUUGUUUUCUGGAACAUAGCUUCUGCAGAGCAGCAGGAGUUCAGUAGAAAUUGCCUCUGAGUUUAAGCCAGGACUGUUGGCGCCUGCCCACACUUCCCAUCAUCCAUUUGUUUAAAUGCUAGCUUAAAACCUCAGUCUAGCAUUAGCGGUGCAACAAAACUGGUGAGCAGUAUUGAAGCUAUGCAGCUACCUUGAAUGAGGAAAACGAAGACGUUCACGGAUCUAUUUGUCUACAAGGACGCUUUUGCUUCUCUAAUGUUAAUUUAUCAAAUGUCUGCUUUGGAUUUGAAAGAAAUGUUCAAAAAUAAAACUUUAAUUUCUCCUCCAUCAUAAAAAAGGGAACAAAUGUUAACUUAAUUUUCAUAGGAGUGGGUCUUUGAUGUUUUUACUUUGUGCCUAAUUUUGUUAUUAAAAUAAACCUGAAUAUCAUAAA